AUGCGCAUUACCACAAUGUUUUCACGAGACCAGCUGUCGUGUAGAGUAGACAUCACGAAGAGCCACGACUGCCACCGAGUGCGUUAUUCGUUGGCGAUUGGGGGGAGCGUGUCAGAACAGAUCAUAAUGUGCGUGGAGAGCCACACAGAGGAUGCGCGGUGGGUUCAGUCGGCACCAAAAGCCGUGCCGACUUGUGAACAUCAGCUAGUGGUGCCAACUGGAGCAGGCUGUCAUGGAAACAGCAACGCAGCCACACAAGACGGAUGCUUCGAGUGCUGCAUCAAGUGUCUGGGCGGGGUACCCUACGCCUCGCUGGUGGCCACCAUCCUCUGCUUCUCGGGCGUGGCCCUGUUCUGCGGCUGCGGCCACGUGGCGCUGACCGGCACUCUGACCAUGCUGGAGAACCACUUCUCCAGGAUCACCAGUGACCACGCCACCCUCGCCGCUGUGAUCCAGAUCUUUCAGUACAUCAUCUACGGCAUUGCCUCCUUGUUCUUCGUCUACGCCAUCCUCCUGCUGGGCGAGGGCUUCUACACUACCAGCACCAUCAAGAAGGAGCUGCAGAGUGACUUUAAGACAACCAUCUGUGGACGCUGCAUCACUGCCUUCUUCAUGUUCCUGACCUACAUCUUCGCUCUGGUGUUUAUCGCCAUCUUCUGCUUCACGGCGAUCCCGGUUUUCCUCUUCUUUAACAUGUGGAACACCUGCGCCGCCAUGAGAUCUCCAGACUCCAACAUCACGUAUCCUGACUCCAUCUGUGUGGAUGUCAGGCAGUACGGCGUUAUUCCCUUGAACGCAACACCAGGGAAGGCUUGUGGAACCACACUGACAGACAUUUGCAGCACCAGCGAGUUCUACCUGUCCUACCACCUCUACAUCGUGGCGUUGGCCGGUGCCGGAGCCACCGUCAUCGCUCUGAUCCACUACCUGAUGAUUUUAGCGGCUAACUGGGCGUACCUGAAGACCGCCGCCUCCACGCACGACUACCAGGACAUCAAGACCAAGGACGACCAGGACCUAGAGGCCGAGGCGCGCUCCAAGGACGGCCAGAACUCCUCCUCCUACUCAUAAGGACAAAGCGUCCUCUCUUGCCAUUGCUCAUCUUCUCCCCCGAAUCUUAAACCCAUCCCGCAACACCUAGCACCCACCACUCCCAAACUCCCCCUUCUUCCUCCCCCCGACAAAACAAAACCACCUCGGUCAUGUUCGACAGCCCCCCGGUCUCCUGAUUCUCCAUCCUCUUCCGUUUACCCAGUAGCGCUUUCCGCUCCGAGGCGCCAGCGCGCUCUCACCACCGGUAGGGGAAGAG